AUGUCAAGCAAGGAACGCGAGUUCCUUGAGCAAGUCAUUCCGAUUUUCGCAAUUGAUAAAGUCAAAAUUUACUGGGUUGGAGAUGUUGAGAAAGUCGGACGGAGUAAUACGCUGAAAAAAAGGCUUUUAGUGAUUGGUUCACCAGGAAUCUUCUUAGUAAACCAAAAAAGCUUUGCUUUCCAGUCCAAUCUCUGCAAUUCCAUUAGUUUUUAUGACCUUUCUCAGAUCUUUUUGUCAAAUUGCAACUUAACUUUUUCAAGUAAGUCAAAACAGAUAAUCAUUAGAUCAGACAAAGCGUACAAGCUUGCCAUGAAUGUCUAUAUGAUCAGGCAAUCUCUCUUUCCAACUGACUUAUUACCACUUCAUUUGUCAAUAACUACAAUCACUCAGCCUGAAAACGUAUCAAUGCGCCCGUUCCCUCUUGAUACACUAUUUUUCGAUCGUACUAUUUCAUGUAUUUAUCAUCUUAUGCCUACUUUUGAGAAAAAAAAUCAACAUGUUUUAACAUACAUCGAAAAUUCAAUAUCAAAAACGAUUCUUAUAGAUUACAAAUUCCUCAAUUGUUCUGCCACACAGCCUCUCAUCUUAUCUCUCGCUUACGAACAAGAUAUCGAACAUAUUCAUCUCAAAAAUAUACGAUUAGCAGACUUUUUCAAAGACGCAAUCAAAAUAAUAAGUGUAAACAGAUUUAUUAAGCGUAUUACACUAGAAAAUAUUGAUUUCACAGAUGCUGAUUCGAUGGUUACAAAAAUUUUCUCAACAAAACGAGCUUUUAAGCCAAAAUUCUGGAGUUUCAUCAAUUGCAACUUAACCACUCAAAGUUUCAUCAAGUUUUUCGAUAAUAUUCCAGCAUUUGAAACAGAAAUUACCGGAAUUGAAAUAAUUCAAUGCAUUACAGGAGACAUGAUAUCAUUCUUCCAGACAAUCUUCUUCAAUGACUGUUUCCACAAUCUUUCUCACAUAACUAUUGAUAGAAUUAAUAAUCCAGUAUUUGUAUCGACAAAUGUACUUGAACUUGCCAAUACAUCAUGGGUUCUCGAAAAGCAUUGCUUAAACACUAUAAAAGUAAGGAAUAUGGGCAUCGACGGUUCGUAUUUAUUAGAUAAGUUAUUACUCUUCGAAAUUGGCCUUAAAUACCUUGAUAUUAGCGGAAAUAAUGUUGAGGCGGCGCUCCAAGCUAAUCGAGCUACCGUAAAAGACUUCAAAUUGUCUAAUUGUAGAAUUACAGAGAAUUUUUUGGUUUCUUUCUUCAAAUUAGUUGAAGAAAGCGACACCUUCAAGCUUAUUGAUCUCAGCGCCAUGAAGAUCUCCGAGGAUGACCUCAUAAACUUCUUCAAAAAGUCUAAAAAUGCAAAAUAUCCUUCAGUUGAAACAUUAAUUUUCUCAGAAAAUAAAUUGAAUGAAGAGGAAAUGUCACUUUUUGCAGAUUUCAUAGGAUGUUUUCCAAAACUUAAGAAAUUAUGUUUAGAUGACUGUUUAAUUGCCAAUAACCUCGAAAAAGUUUUCGAUUCCCUUUCAAAUUUGUCACUUUUGUCUGAUUUAUCAUUAAAGGCAAGUAAAAGUGACGAAAGCUUGGUAUUGGGCGACCAAAUUGUUACUUACUGCAUGAAGAUAAAGUCACUGAAGUCGUUGGAUCUAACAAACCAAAGUAUUGGCUCGAAAGGAUUAGAAAUAAUUAUGCAAAGCGAGGAUCAUAAGUUUGAUGAGCUUUACUUUGAUGGAAGCAACAGUUCGUUAGAUGUUUUGUUCAAUUUCUGCAAUUAUCUUUUGAAAACAAAGAUAAGACACAGUUUAUUCCCUGAAAACGAUUUCAAACAAUGUUUCUCAAGUUCUGAUAGACCUUCAGACUACUCAGAACAAAGGAAGCUAUCUAAUGAUCUCAAAGAACAGUUUACAAAGAGAUUCCCUCUCUUAAACAAAUCAUCUGACGUAACUUUCACACCUACAAACCUCCCUCAAAGGCCAAGUAAAAUUGUCAAAUCUCCGAGUAUUCCUAACUCUGGUCUUUCCAAUUUGGCUCAGUCUGAAGAUUACGCAAACCUUGUUUUAAGGCCACAGAUGAUUCAGAAAAUUCUCGAUGAAUGUCUUUGGGGAGAAAGAUCCGAACCUAUUGUUGUUAUCGCUCAACAACAGGAAGAACUGUUUUCUUUAGAUAAAUUGAUCGAUUCGAUCAAUUAA